GCCAAGUUUUAUGCCGUUUUGAAUGAUUUUUGUCAAACGAUCAAAAGCGAGAGAUGGUUUUCAAGGUGUUUUUGUUGGAGAACCGUUUAAACAUGCCAAAGAGUAAAAACCAAUCAUAAAAAGUUGAAAACCACUUGGUUGGUUCGGACGCCAAAAACCAUAGCCGAUGACCGAGAGCCGAACGCCAGUUUCUGAAACCCGAACGCGGGAUGGCUUGGUUUUUGCCAAUCACCUAUGAAGAUCUCCCAGACUAUUGCCCCUCAUGCAAAUCUUUUGGUCACAAAAAUUGUAAAAGAAAGAAUGAGACCUCUAGAUGGGUUAAAGGGAGUACUGAAACUAGGAAUACAACAAUUGUUGUUGCUGUCUCUAAACCUGGAGUGACCCAAACAACACAAGAGGUUGCUUUGCAAACAAACCUGGGUGGUUCAAGUGUUGAGAAUGAGGCAACUGGGUCUGUGUCUCCUGUCAAAGAAACAGACUCAAAUACAGCUGGGGCUGCUACCCCAAGAGUUCCAGUUGAUGUCAUGGCAACCAAAGUACUUGCUGCUAUAACUCCCCCUGACAACUUCCUAGCAACUAGCGUAAGUGUUGACUCAGUCCCUAAUGUUCGUGAUGACACAGAUAAUGUUGAGAAAGUUUCUCAUGCAAUUCUUCCCAAGAGUUGUACAGAAGCUUAUCCUGAUGUUAAGAAAAUUUCUGAUGGUUGUGAAGUUACUCCUACUGACAAUUGCCCAGCAGCAUGUGGUAACAGUGAGGUUGCAUCCUCUUCCAUAGAAUGAUGCAUCCUUCGCUGAGAUGAAGAACAAAGGUGAGAGUGGUGUUUUGGUUCAAGAGAGGAAGGUUGUGAGAUUUGGAAGAUCAAAAAAUAGUUUUGCGGGAA